AUGUCGAGAAUCAUUGCUGUUGCUGCAGGCAAAACCCAUGCUGGUAAGAGAGAACAGUCGGCCCACACGACCAAUGUUAUUGUGAAAGAUUCCGUGGAUGUUGGAGAAGAUGGAAAACGAAAGAAUCAGGAGGACCUUGGGUGCCCAGGUGUAGGUAGCACAACCACCUCCCCUCCAACAACAACCCAAACCCAAACCAACACAUCCACGAUGAUCGAAAUAAAAUCCCUCUCCCAAUUCAACACCCUAAAAACCUCCUCCCCCCUCCUAAUAAUCGACUUCUACGCCACCUGGUGCGGUCCCUGCAAAGUGAUCUCCCCCGCCUUCUCCAAAUUCGCAACCCAACAUGCCGCCUCGCCCUCCAUAGUCUUCGCGCAAGUCGAUGUCGACAAAGCCAAAGACGUAUCGCAGCAAUGUGGUAUCACAGCCAUGCCGACCUUCCAGUUCUACCGGGGCGGGAAAAGGGUGGAUGAGGUUAAGGGCGCGGAUGUGCAGCAGUUGGGGACGAAGGUUGGGUAUUAUACGGGGUUGGUUGCGAAAGAGGGGCCGGCGACGGCGGCGAAGGUGGGAGGGACGGCGCCGGGGAGCUUAAGGGGCUUGAUAAAUGUUGAGGGCGGUCGGUUGUUGGGGAAUUCGAUCAUGUCGUCGGUCAGGAAUAUUGCGAGUCCGCCGCCGGCGGGAUACGCUGUUACAUCUACGUCUGGAGCGAGGGUGCUUAUCUAUAUCCCGUUUACGCAAGCGGUCACACCUUCACAUCUCAAAAUCACGGUUGAUAAAGCUGCGCAGCAGAAUGCGCCUUCAAGAAUUCAGAUUGGUACGAACGUGCCGGUGAAGUUCACGAAGAAUGAGGAGGGUGUGGAGUUUAAUGAUUUGGACAUGGAGGCGUCGCUGGCGAAGGCGGAGAAUACGCAGGCGUUUAAUGUGUUUAGUGAUGAGUAUGUGGAUGGGGUUGCGGAGUUGAAGAUGAAAGCUAGCAAGUUUACGGGGAUUAAGAGUUUGCUGAUUAGGGUUGAUGCGAAUUUGAGUGGGGAGGAUACGAAGAUCAGUAAGAUCAAGACUUUGGAUUUUAUUGGCUUGAAAGCUUAG